GAAUUCAAAUUGCAAACGAGUUGCAAAACUGAAGCCAUAAAAGAGGCUCCGUGAAGGGGUGGGAGAAACGACUUUCAAGAAAAGAGAAGAAGAGGUAAUAUAACUAAACCCUUCCCAUCCCGGUGGUGGCGUGCAGCUGAACCCGAAUCGAGGGAUUGUGUUUUCCAAGACGCACCGAUUCCACAAAGCGCGUAAAGUGUGCAAUUGUUUCAAUCAAGGAGAGCGACAACACUGCUGCUUUCAGGAAAAAAACAAAAGCCAUUGGCUCACUCUGGGGAGAAAUCAAGACACGUAGUUGGAACAAUACGAAUUCUAAUAAAUAACACCGACAAGACCCUGUAGAAUCUCGUACAUUGGGAUUUCCAGCCAUUAAUCAACCGCUGUGCGCGCAUUGUAUUCCAAUUAUUUUGGAGGAGUUUUUUUUUUUCCUUUCAAACUUGAUUCCUGAACUAAAUCCGCAAAAAAAAAGUCUAUUUUUUGCUACUCCUACAAUCCUGGAUAACAUAACGUGCCCAGGUUAUUUCGACACCACAGCGGAGCCCUUAACUUCUGCUCCGGCGACCGCUUACCACAGCUCCUCAGCCAUGAGUCACACCGAGAUAUCGCCCUGCAAUGCGCCGCAGAAGGUGUUCCAGGAGGCGGUGAAGCAAGGCAACACCAAGGAACUACAUUCCCUCCUUCAGAACAUGACGAACUGCGAGUUUAACGUCAAUUCUUUCGGCCCCGAGGGGCAGACGGCGCUGCACCAGUCAGUAAUUGACGGGAAUCUGGAAUUGGUGAAGCUGCUGGUGAAAUUCGGAGCGGACACCCGACUAGCUAACAGGGACGGCUGGAGCGCCCUACACAUCGCUGCUUUCGGGGGACACCAGGACAUUGUCUUAUACCUCAUCACCAAGGCGAGGUAUUCCUCCGCCGCACGGUGAUCGGCGCGCAAAACCGCCACCUACGCAAAGAAUUGCGGGCAGGUAAACGCCGGUAAACCAAACGUUCAGAACUAGCGUUUCAGAUUGCGUGCGAAGACAAAGAAAGUCGAUCGCCUGCUAUAAGCAGAAUGAAGGUUGAUUACGCAGAUGCGCGCAAAUUCAUGUUGAUAUUUAUUACUGUAUAAUUAAUCUAGGAGAAUACAAAAGUAGUUUUUUUUUUUUUUUAAUUGUAUUUAGUUGCCCCGAAGUAUUGAAAAUGAACGCAGUUCAAACACUGCGUCGGUACUGAACAGUUCAAACACUUCUCAAAAGCUUCCCAGUGCGCUGUCUGUGUAACAACCUGUUAUUACUGUCUGCUUGCUGUUCAUGAAACGCUUGUUUAUUAACCUUGGUCUGGCGCGCUGCCCCGCACACCUUUUAGGCCUUUUUUUUUGUUUUGUUUGAAAGUUUUUAAAAGAUGAAACAUGCGGAUAUGUUUAUUUGUUUAAGUGAAACAUGAAUUCAUUUGUUAAGUGGGCUCAUUUCCAUUUAUAUCCAGGCUGCAUGCUGUAAUGUGUUUUUGUGUGUGUGUGUGUGGUGUUUUUUUUUAAAACCUAUAUAGAUUACAGUUUAAAUUAUAGCUAAGGAGUGAGCAGAUGCUAUGUGAAUAAUGUACCCGUUUUUCUUGGUUGGUAGCCCAUAUUUUCUUGAAACGGGCUUACUUCAGAAUGGAUAGCGUUUAUUUGCAAGUUUCGCUUCAGAAAUACUCGCUGUCUCCAUAUUUUUUAGUCUUGUAUUUGUGGUUUUUUUUAAAUCUAUACAGGUUUAAAAGAAACAAAAAAAGUAAAUUAAGUGAUUUUAAGUUUUGAUGAACGAAGCUGCUUCCUUUUCAGUUUGCCGUGGAACGUGGGAGGCCCACAACACACACGUGAACGACAUUGUAACUAUGUUUGUUUUAAAGUUAAUUCCUAAAAAUAACUCUCGUAUUUUUUUUUUCUACUGUAUUUUGGUUUUCUUUGCCAUCUACCUCGACUGUACACAGUAUUCGUGGUUUUAGCAAGAGAUCUGCAGGGGUUUGACUCGGAAAAAUGUUCACUAGAUCCUCGCGUCAUCAGCGUUGCAAUGUCUCAACUAUUUCGAUUUUCUUGCCAUUUCACUCCCAGAAGGAUACCUCUUCAUGUUUCAGAUGUAAACAAACACAGAACAGCCUGCUAAUGUAUCACUGAUUUAAAUAACGACUACGGUUUAUAAUUUCAAUUCUAAAAUAUAUUAUAAUGAAGAAUUUUUCACAUACCCCCCAACACAUGUAUUUUUUUUCACACGAUCUUUUGCUAAAACCUUACUUUGGGAUUUUUUUUUUUUUUUUUUAACACGACCAAACAUAAACUGUUGCGCAUCAAUCUCUUUUUCAAGAGGUAUUAUAUUUUAAUAUAGUUUUGGGGACUUGUAAAAAGUUAAAUGCAUGACUGAUUUUAGAUUUAAAAGAAAAAGUCAGGGCGUUACUGUUGCACAAAAAAAAGGUGGAUCCUUUCGCGCCCCCUGGUGGAUGUUUUGGAAACUUUCAGGCGCUGAGGCCAACGGAUUUUACUACUGAACAGGACUCGGGGAGGGAGGGGGGAAGAGAGACUUUUGGGAUUCUCCCUCCGCUUCUUAAUGCCACGCACGACCCAAGCAAGAAAAAUAGAAACCUCGGAUAACAACAACAUAACAGAACUGGCUGCAUUUUGAAGUCACAUCACCUAGUAACAUUUUUGCAAUGCUGCUUUUUAUAAUUAUGAUUAUUGUGUAUUGUUAAAGUUGAAAGGCUAACCGAAGGACGAUUCGAAUCGGACUGUAUUGCAGAAAGAUAUCGAGGUGCCCACUUUCACACUAGGUGUGUCUCUGCGUGCGUGUGUGUGUGUGUGAGAGAGAGGGAAUGCUCUUUCUGUGGCGCAUCUGCUGUCGUGUGUUUUGUUUUAUUUGUUGUGAGCUGUAUAUGUGCCUCCCCUCCCGUCAUUUUUUUUAAAGCUAUUUUUAGUCGAGAGUCAGUGAACUGUGGAUGAAUCUACAAGCGUAUGUGUGAAUGAAAGCGAAGAAAAACAAAUGGUUUGUUUUUAAAACGUAAGAAAAUAUAUAUGCAUAGCUUGUUUUAAACUUGAGAAAUCAAUUUUAUUUACAUUGCACUGAUAACUGAUUUUUUAUGAACUGUUGGUUUAUACCAACUUUUUUUUUUAAUUGAUUUUUCUGAAUAGAAAAAAAAAAACACAACGAAAUACUAUUGUAUAAAAAAAAACAAACAAAAAAAAAAGAGCUCCAGGUUUUACUUAUGAAAUGGGUUACUUUUGCAAAACGUAAUGUUUUGCAAAGACUUUGUAUCUCUGUGAUCGGGUGUGGAAAAAUAACGGCAAACACUUUUUGUGAAGUGUGUCGCCAUAUUGUUGUACGGCGGGCAGGGAGGGUGAGACCAUUGUUGUGACCCCAAGUUGCACGAUGCCCGGAUGUCUGGUGGGAGAUUUACUGGAGCAUGUCAUAACAUUUAUGACGUGUCAGUAAAAUAAAUAAUUACUAGAUUAAAUAAAUGAAAAAUAAAGUGCUAUAUUGGUGUUUUAUUUUUUUAAAAAAGAAAGUUGGACCAAGUUGUGUCAAUGUCUUUUGCUUUUACAUUCAGCACGAAGAUCGACAGGACCAUGCGAACACGGCUUGGUUUGGGAGCGAAAUGAAAGAAAGGCCGUUUGCAAAUUGACGUCCCAUAGAUAUAUUAUUAUGUAAUGUUGUAACGCUGUGAUCAAUGUGAAAAAAAACAAAAAAAAACAUGUAUGCUGUGAUUGUGUACGUUUGUGUACAAGGCAGUGCCGAAAUCAUUAAACCUUUACUCGUGGUUAAACAAAAA